AUGAGAAUAAAUCUGCUGGCGAUGUUUAUGAUGCCCGCAAGCAAUAGAAGGGUUUUUUACGUCAACUUAAAGGAUGUUAAGUCGGGUGAGGAUUUGCUGAGUCAGUUGUUUGAAAAAGCCCAUCAUCUUCCCGACGGGUCAAGCGAGUUGCUUGAAAAAGAAGACGGCUCUUCAACGCAUUUGUCCAACCUAGCACAAGAGGUACAGGCAAAGGAAGGGGCAUCUGGGUCUACAGCCUCUUCUGGACAGAAGGCACCGGCACAGCAAUCGGAAAGUGGUAAGAGUGCACAAAAGAAGCAGCAGAGUGGAGGCCAGGAAAGUAAGGCACAAGGGAGCGCUAAAAAGGAAGAACAGAAGCAGCAGAAGGAGGACAAGCAACAGAAGCAACAAAAGAAAGAGGAACAGAAGCAGCAGAAGGAAGAGAAGCAAAAGCAACAGAAACAGCAGAAGGAGGAGAAGCAAAAGCAGCAGAAGGAUGAUAAGCAGAAGGAGCAGAAGCAGCAAAAGAAGGAGGAACAGAAGCAGCAGAAGGAAGAGAAACAAAAGCAAAAAGAAGCGGGGAACCAGAAGGAAGAAAAGCAAAAACAAAAGGAACAGAAAAAGUCUGAAAAGGAAGAUGGUAAGAAGGAAACAAAAAAAGCAGAUAAAGAAAGCAAGGAGACCAAAACUGCCCAAGAUAAAGGUUCUAAAGACAAGACAUCCACCCAGGGAAAGACAAGCACUGAUGGUGGGGAAAAAGCCAGUACAGCGAAAGCAGAAGGAAAAAAAGCUUCUGAAAAGGCAACCAGCGUCAAAUCUUCGGAUGCAGAGUCUAAAGGUGCUGAAUCUAAAGACAAAGGGAGUGCCUCCAGUGCUCCUUCUUCAAAUGCAAGUACCUCUGGAAGUGCUUCAAUAGCUUCAUCUUCGGGUAGUUCUUUAUCUGGAGCGGCUUCCAGCAAUGUCAGCAGUGCAGUGUCUUCAAGAUUAUCCUCGAGUGCCAUCCAAUCUUCUAGUGCUGGAUAUUCAUCUUCAAUACCUCUCUUGUCCAUCAUGUCAUCUUCCAUGCUAUCAUCGGCCAUAUCGUCUUCUGUGCUGUCAUCGGCCAUGUCAUCUUCCAUGCUAUCAUCGGCCAUAUCGUCUUCUGUGCUGUCAUCGGCUAUGUUGUCUUCUAUGUUAUCGUCCUCGAUGCCGGUGUCUUCCAUGUUGUCUAGUGCAUCCCAUUCCUCCAUAGCUGAUGUCUUAAAGAAGGCAUCGGAGAUAAACAAGGUCAAAAACCUAAGUUCUGUAGAUGUCAACGAUAUGCUGGGGAAGUGCCAAGAAUGUGAAAGGGUUGAUCAAGUACUUGUCUAUAAGGAAGGAAGUCAGUACAGUGAUUAUUCUGGAAAUAUAAAUUUCCAGGAAAAAGAUGGUAAGUUAGUUGACAGUUCAGGCUUGUUUGUUGGAAAGGAUUGCGGGUGCUCAAAGGAAGAAAUACCUCAAAUAGGAAAAAUAACUGGAACAGGGCUAUAUCAAGAUCAGAGUGUUAAUAGCAUGAGCUGCCAGAAACAAGCCAAUGCAAUUGAUAAGUUAUAUUCUUCUGCCAGCAAUAUGGCGUUGAACUCCGGAGUAUCUGGAAGCAAAACCGUUUCUGCCGGAGCGUCUCAAGCUGGUGGAGCUGCAAGCGGAGCAUCUAAAGCUGCUAGUGCUUCUGCCGGAGUUUCUCAAGCUGGUGGAGCUGCAAGCGGAGCAUCUAAAGCUGCUAGUGCUUCUGCAGGAUCCUCACAAGCUGGUGGAGCUGGAGGUGGGGCAUCUAAGGCUGCUAGUGCUUCUCAGGCUGGUAACUCUCAAGGGACUCAAAGCAUUCAGCCAAGCUCUUUUCAGAGUGGUGCAUCAGGGAAUCUUGCACAAGAGACUGGAUCCAAACCUCAAAUAUCAUCUCUUCCUACCCAAAAUAAUGCCGAGGAAAGCCCUGGAGUUUCGGUAGCUCAAUCUAUUGAAAGUAGGCCUGAAGAUUUCAGCUAUAUACCUCCUAAGAUAUCUAUAAAGGCGGUCAAGGUCAAAUACGGGGAUACAUGUGGGGAUAACUCUGGACUCGUUGUUAACACAACACUCACCCAGGAACUCCCUCCGGAAAAAACAGUAACAUUACCUCCAAAAACAGUUACAAAGACAGAAAAAGUGGAGCUUCCUCCCACUACUAUCAUAAAGGAGUUAACUAUUAUUGAACCACCAUGCACAGUGGAAAAAGAGGAGGUAAUUGUUCAGGGAUCUGAAAACAUAGAUGAAGAAAGAACUGUUACUCACUCCACUACAGUUGUGGAAUAUAAAACAGUAAAAGUUACAGCCACACGAACGAUAUUGCAAACAACGUCUCCGAGAGACGUAGAGGUUCCGAUUUCCACUAUUAGCUUUGAAACCAUCGAUGGUAUUAAUGGAGAAAGGCCCCGGGAAGAUAUUACGACGAUUAAUACAACUAUAGUAGUGGAAGAACCUGAAGAUAUAGAAUGUGAGCAGGAGUGUGAAUGCUAUGAAGAUAAUUGCGAAAAUCCCUGUGAUAGGAUAAAAUGUGUGUCUGGUUGA